AAUUCUGGGAUAUUCCCUCUCUUAGUAUUAUUAUCAUAAUUUAUCAACUGGAGUAGACUUAUGCCAAGGCUACAACAGCUUGAACUUUGCUGUACAUGAAAUAAAUUUACUACUGCGCAAUCAAUAAAGUGAACAAAGGCAACAACAGAGUAAUUCUAAACCAUCAGAAUUAGAAUUGCAAACAAGUCAAUGGUGAUAUUAACUAUAGUGAAAUAGAGUCAUUACAAAGGCUAGAAUUGUGCAACACUGUUUUCCUGAGAGUAUGAAAGGGGAUUCCCCUUCUAUGCUUCACAUAAAAAUUUCCCAGAUGAAUUUCCAGGAGAGUUUCACCAAUAUUUCAGAGAAUGGACCAUUAUAAGAACUAUGAGGUAAACAAUCCAACCAUUCAUUCUGCCAAGAAGCACCACAGAUUUUAGGCGAAAAAAUCCGAAAUAAUAUCAAAUAUGGCAACAUCUACAGAAACAGAUAUAACUGAAGAUACCGGGACAUUUGUAAGAGUAGAUUCUGUCCAACCCAAUGACACCUUGGAUCCAAAGUUAACCACAUCGCUAGACAAUUUAAAAAUUGAUAAAACUGAUGAGAUACCAUGUCUAGAAAAACUUGAGAAGAAAUUCCAUGCUUUUGUUGUCCACAGCUCUACAGAUAGCGAUUUUGUAAACAAUCUCAUUAAGGAUCUUGAAAACAAGGGGUUGAAGAUAAUGUACGCUGAUCGUGACUUUACACUUGGGCAGACUAUCCUUGGUAAUAUUAGCAUGAAGAUAAAUGAAUCACACAAGAUGAUAUUAGUUUGCUCCAAAGGUUUAUUAGAGAGUCACUGGGCACGGUAUGAAGCAGCCCUGGGAGUUCAAGAGUCAAUAGAUAAACAGAAACAUUUCAUUCAUGUCAUAAAACAUGAAGUUGAUGAAGUGCCACUGAACCUUAGAUGGUUGACGUAUGUGGAUUCCAAAGAUGAUGACAUGGUUGACAGACUAUUCAAGGCAAUCAUAGGGGAUGGCCCACUGUACAAGAGACUACAAAGAAAAGAUGUUGGUUAUGGUAUGGCAUGGUCUUACUUCUACUCAUACCUCAAUGUCAUUGUGCCAUCUCAACCAAAAACAGAUGACACACCAGGUUAUCCAGACUUAGGUGAGAGAAUCAAAGCUCACAAGGCCAAGCCAGAAAAUGCCAACAUUCUUAUGCCAGAGCAAAUCUUCAUUAUGGUUCCUGAGACUGGACAAUGUCCUAAUAAUAUUUCUGCAACAGAUGACAGGAUUACAGCUGACAAGAAGGACGUCCUCACUAUAGAGGUGAAUCGUGCUGGCUCAAAGAGACCUUACAAGAACCAGAUUUGGACAAUCAAAGAGGAUGGCAAGACAUACCAGGCGCUCGUAGAGUUUGCCACAGUUCUCUAUCCGCUAGUAGAGAUGGAGAAGAACCCCCAAGCCCAGUUAUCAGCGGAGGAGAGGUUGUGCCAGGUGCAGAUGUUCUAUGAGGAACUCACCCAGAUCCUGGCACAGUUUAGUAGUGGACCUAAUGUCUUUGAAAGAUUAGUAAAACUAGUUGUCUUGAGGGAGAAUGAUAAUGUUGUUGAUAAAGUAUUAAGUGUAAUUAAGUAUGAACUUGAGGAAGAAGCCAAAGACAUGAACUUAGCAUAAAACUAGGACACUCGAAGAUCCAAAACAAUGGACAAACAUUACAAUCAAUCAAAGGACAAUUCUAUGUUCUGGAGUAAAUGACAAGAACAUUUUGUAACCCUUGUUAGAAAUGAGUCAACUUGAAGGUACAAUUGCAGUAAAAGACAAUAUUGUGAAUACUACUGUACUCCUGGUAUUUCAUGCGUGCAAUUUAAUUUUGUGUAAUUCAUGAUGGUGGUAAAAUCGCAAAAAAUAAUCAUCGAGGAAAUUGCCAAUUAAAUCCCCGAAGAAAUGUGACAUCGUUUGUGCCAGAGGUGCAGGGGUCUAGUGAACUGAUAGAUUUUAUUAUACAAAAAAUGUAGUAGUUUGAUGUAAUUAAAAAAGUUAAGCAAAAACAUGAAGUAUUUUUGGCUAGAAAUUGCCCUAAAAGUCCGGCCUAUAUUGAUGACUGUUCACAGCAGAUUUCUUUAUAAAGAUGUAAAUUGAGCAUGGUGAGUACAAGUAGGGACAGAUAUUCACAAGAGAGAUGUUCACUAAUGUUCACUGUACUUAACAUUGCUAGUGCACAUUGCCUAAAAUGAUGCUGUAAAUAAUUGUCAUCACAUUUAUCUAUGUGCAUUUGUACAUAAAAAUAUUUUUGCUUCCCUGAAAAUCUUCUAUUAUGCACCCUGUGCAAUAUUGUGU